CUCCCCUGCCCGGUACCCUAGCCGCGCCCUGCCGCCUCGGUGAGGGGUGGGCUACGCCGCGUGCUCUGCACCCACCGCCAGCAGCCAGCUGCGGCUCUACGAAAGGCGACCGAAGAAGCACCAUCCAGACGCGCCGGCACCGCUGUCUGGGAGCCGACCACCUGAGCGGCAUGAUACGGCGCGCCGAUUUAAGCGCCCCUCGUCAGCAGCGUGACCUCACUCGGUGACCCGACUGGCAACCAUGGCGCGCCUUGCCCUGCUGCUGCUGGCCUGCGUGGCCUCGUCCACCUACGGAUUGCGCCGCGUGUCGCUGAAGAAGCACGACACUCCCCGCAACAUCAUCCGUAGCUCGCGCGCCGGGCUUGGCCGCAAGUAUGGUGGCGUGACCGACGGUAGCGAUGAGGACCUCAAGAACUAUAUGGACGCUCAGUACUACGGCCCGAUCGAGAUCGGCACGCCCGGCCAGCCCUUCACAGUGAUCUUCGACACGGGCUCCUCCAACCUGUGGGUGCCGUCCAAGCACUGCAAGCUGCUCAACAUCGCGUGCCGCACGCACAACAAGUACGACAACGAUGCCUCGUCGACGUACGUGGAGGACGGCACCACGUUUGAGAUUCAGUACGGCUCCGGCGCCCUCUCCGGCUUCCAGUCGGUCGACACGGUGACGGUGGCUGGCCUGGCCAUCACCGGCCAGACGUUCGCCGAGGCCACCUCAGAGCCGGGUGCAGCCUUCAUCGUCGGCAAGUUCGACGGUAUCCUUGGCAUGGGCUACGACACGAUCUCCGUCAACAAGGUGGUGCCGCCCUUCUACAACAUGGUCAGCCAGGGCCUCGUGGAGGAGCCCGUCUUCGCCUUUUACCUAAACCGUGACCCCGAAGCGGAGCUGGGCGGCGAGCUGACCUUCGGCGGCACCGACCCCAACUACUACACCGGCGACUUCACCUGGGUCGAUGUCAGCACCAAGGGCUACUGGCAGUUCGCCAUGGACGGCGUUGCCGUCACCGGCUCGGAGGCCGCCCUCUGCAGUGGAGGGUGCCAGGCCAUCGCCGACUCCGGCACCUCUCUGAUCGCGUUGCCCGUCGAUGAAGCUACCGCCAUCAACAAGGCUAUCGGAGCCCAUGAGAUCCCCUUCACCGGCGAGUGGAUUGUCAUCUGCAGUGACAUCCCCAACAUGCCCGCCGUCACCUUCACGCUGGCCGGCAAGGAGUUCGUGCUCGAGGCCGACGACUACGUCAUCCAGAUGACACAGUCGGGCGUCACUCAGUGCAUCUCCGGCUUCAUGGGCAUUGACAUCCCGGGCCACCCGCUCUGGAUCCUGGGCGACGUGUUCAUGGGCAAGUACUACACCGCCUUCGACCAGGGCAACGACCGCGUCGGGUUCGCCACGGCGGCCUAAGCGCCGGCAGGAGUGACGCGCUGCUGGCCGACGCUGGACAGACGCUGGUCAGCUGCUGCUGUGCAGGAGAAGCGACUGGUGAUUGCUGAAGCGCUUCGCAGGGCGCUUGCUGUUACGACGAUGGGGUUGCCCAUGCAGGCGAGUGAUUGGAAUGAAUACACUCGUCGUGGCUGAU